AGCACCUAAACAGAGCGCAGAUUAAAUCAAUCCAAGCUGUGAUAACCAUGGAAAAAGCGCAGCAUUUCACUGGUGAUUACAGGAGCGAACAACACCAGCUAAAUGGCAAUAACUUCUAUGGCAAUGUCUCUUUUUCUGCACCACCUCAGAGGGAUUCAGUGUCGACAAACGAUCGGAGAAAAAUAUCCCCAUGGAUCAAUGACGAAAGUGAUGAAACGUCUGGAUUUGGUCUAGAUAAGUGUCGAAUCUGGGAUGCCUGUCUCGACUCACUGAGAUCUGAAGAGCUGAACGACCGGGAGCAAAGUAUAGACAGACAUCACGACGGCACCUUUGAAUGGCUAUUUAAUUCGCCAGAGUACGUGCGCUGGAUCGCCGAGCACGGAUUACUUCUGAUUCGAGGAAAGCCCGGCUGCGGAAAGUCUACGCUCAUGAGAUUUGCACUGGAAAAGCAAAUGGAUUACGCUGCUACAUCCGAAUGUAUUGUACUGUCCUUCUUCUUCCAUGCGCGCGGCACGAAGCUCCAGAACGGGAUUAUGGGACUCUUUCGUUCCCUGCUUCUACAAUUGUUGGACCAAGAUGACAGCUCCCAAACCACGUUUAAAGAAAUCUGCCGCAAGCGCUGGGUCACAGGGGGUAAAAAGAAAUUGCACAUGGAUUGGAACGAACAGGAACUGCAAGUGAAUCUCCAGAAGAUGGUCCUCGAAUGCUCCGCUCGGCGUGAAAUCACGAUUUUUGUCGACGCAAUCGAUGGCUGCAGGGAUCAAGACCGAGAUCGUGUCAUCAAAUUCUUUCAUAUCCUCAAAGGUAGAGCACAGCCAAGGCUAAGUAGGCCGAGGAUUUGCUUUGCAUGCCGCCCCUACCCAGAUGGCCAAAUAGAUGCAGACUUUUAUGUUCGGCUCGAAGAAAGAAAUCAGCAUGACAUCGAGAUCUUCGUGGAACAGGAAUUGCGGCUACCUGAUGAAACAUCGGAAGAUGCAGAAGCGCUGAAGAAUAUCCUGCGGAGCAGAGCUGACGGAAUGUUCCUUUGGCUUGUUCUUGUCAUCCCUCGUGUCCACGAGAUGAGCGGUAAAGGCUUGAGUUCCAAGUCUAUACAGUCGGAGAUCCUACAAUGUCCACGAGAGCUGAAUGGCCUGUACGAAGGUCUUUUGAGAGGAAUCGAAGAUCAUGAGCUGCGAGAGGCUUGCAGUUUAUUUCAAUGGAUCUGUUUCUCGAUUCGCCCAUUGUGUCUCGAUGAACUCAGGAUUGCCAUGAAUAUCCAGCUUAGCGGUAUGAAAGUGUCCUUACGAGAAUAUGAGGACCAAGACAACCCCAACUACAUACCGAAUGAGGCGAAAAUGAAGAAGAGAAUGAUAUAUUUGAGUAGAGGGCUUGUGGAAAUGACUAGUGCAAAAUCGAAAGAAGGAAAGCUGCUCAUCGGCUUUGGUCAUGAAACCAUUAAAGACUUUUUGUUAAAGAAGGGCUUGGGCUAUCUGGGUGCUAGAUUGAAGCAGACUCAAAGCCUUGUCAAGGAGGCAAACUUUCAGCUGGGGAACACGUGUCUACGCUACUUGUCCACCCAAGAGAUUUGCAAUAUUGAGAAACCGACUGCAUUUUCCGACACGUUCGGGUUCCUUUGUUAUGCUGCCACGUUUUGGGUCUCUCAUGCAGUUGCAGCAGAGAGAGAGGGAUGCGGGGAGUGCAUUGCGUGGCCGAAUCGAAGCUUCCUGGAAACAUGGAUUAACGUCUGCAAUGGUGCCAAAUAUGAUGUACCGGGAGGUUUUAAGGAAGGGACUACGCUAAUGCACAUUGCAGCAGUAUAUGGCCUGGAGACCCUGGCCAGAAGAAUCGUCGGUCAAAAUGCGCAAGAGAAUAAAAGACCUUCCACCAACAGGUGGUCAAGACUGCAGAAAUGCCCAAACAGGAUUAGCACACUUUUACUUACCACUCGUCUAACUGGGCGAAAGGAUAAUGUGGACACUACACUGUAUAGAUCUUAUAGGCAGCCUAACAAGAGCAAAGAAUAGGUAUUCAGCUAAUCCAUCCUGAGGAUAACGGGAACCCAAAGACAAGCAGAAGAAUUGCCGGAUGACAGGUGCUCCGGGCACGAUACAACCAAAUGGGUGAUGGCUUACAGAAAGGACAAAGCUGGUAAUUAGCCACUAUAUUUAGCGGCAGACAAUGGUCAGCUGGAGAUUCUUCUUUGAAUGGGGGAUAACCGCCGAUGUCCACACGGAAGCUGAUGAUCACCAAUGGACACAGUUGCAUGCAGCCUUAGCUUGUUGUUCGACCGAGGUCUCCAAACUCAUUCUAGAAAUAGGGGCUGCUAUUAAUAUCGGAGAUAAAGAUGGGUGGACACGAGCACCUUGCAUCUCUGGGAUAAUAACAUGGCAAAGGCCUUCCUCCCGUUCAACACAUUCGCAC